CACACCUCUACACUGCAACUACCACACAGCCUUUUUUCCUUCGAUUGCUUGCCCGAGCAGAUUAGCUGAUACAAUGGCAGAUGAAAGCUUCCAGCAGGAGUUCCUCACCAAGCACAACAUCUACCGGCAGAUGCACCAGAGCCCCCCGCUGACAAUGAGCACAGACCUCAACAAGUCAGCCCAGAGUUGGGCCGAUCACCUGCUGGACAAUGGGAUCAUGCAACACAGCGGCAGCGGCGUUGGAGAGAACUUAUACUGCAUGUCCAGCUCUGCACCGAUCAACCUGACUGGGAAGGAGGCUGUUGAAAGCUGGUACGAAGAGGUGAAGGAUUACGAUUACAACAGACCUGGAUUCAAAGGAAACACAGGCCACUUCACCCAGGUGGUGUGGAAGGAGACUACGGAGGCGGGCGUGGGUCUGGCUACAGAUGGCAAGAGGGUGUUUGUGGUGGCUCAGUACAGACCUGCUGGUAACGUGAACGUCGCGGCAUACUUUGAAAGAAACGUCCUUCCACAAGCAGGCGGGGCAGGGUCCAGCGGAGCAGACAGCGAUGGAGGAAAAAAGAACUGCACACUGCUGUAAAACCCCGCAAGGAGAAAAACGCCUGUAUAAGAACCAUGCAGAAGAACCCUGACCAUUAAACACCUGUAUUAGAACCACGCAGUAGAACCA